AUGCCCUCCAACAACGACUGCUUCUCCAUGCUCAUGUCAGACGUCGACUUCUCCACGCCAGCCCAGCCCUACGACCCAGCGGACCCAUCAGACAUUACACAAGAUUACAUGCUUGGCAUGCCGCAUAGCCAUAGUGGCAAUCAUGAAAUGCCAUACUAUAGCGACAGCUUGGCUGCAGACGGUUCGGCCUCGGCCCAGCACGACCUGCCUUUUCGGUCAGGCCCGUCUUCGCUUCCCCCCUCCUACUCGCUACCGUACGAGCAACUCGUCCAAGAACUAAGCCACACCCCCAUGCAAACUAUGCCCCAACAGCAAGAAGGCAUCACGUUGGCGCUGCAGCUCAUGGGUCAGCUCUGCUGCUUGGAACAACGCCCUGCAUACGCCAAUCUGUCGCCUUUGGAACGCGAGCACUGGAUCAACACGCUCGCCGACAAAUGCAGAAAGGUCACAUCGACUGUCAGUGACAUGCUGAAUUGCCACAGCUCCAAAGACGGCUACUUUUUGACUGUCGUCUGCCUGGUCAUGUCAAAGGUGCUGGAUGCCUACGUCCAGGCAGCCCAAGCAUUGAGUGCUCGCGGACUGGGGGACCGGAGGUUAUCUCACUCAUCAUCAUCCUCGUCGACCGUUUCCGUCAUGUCCACCACAGAAUCAGAGACGUCGUACGCCAGCACCUCGCGCUCAGCGAGAGAGGGCGACGCAAAAGCCAUCCAGCAGCUUUUGGAUGAACUAUACCAAGUCCGUGCUUCCAUGGACCUUUUAGGCACAAAGGUUGCCUCUAUGCCUUCCUCGUAUGAUUCUCUAGCAACAGCGGUACCCUUUUCCCCGGAUGUUCUGAACAAGCUGUACGAUGAGCAGCGGAGGCGGCUAAAGACAAUAUCCUUGCAGUUGAUUAAUAGUUUAAAGGCGUUUUGGGUAGAGGAGCAUUCAUUUUAG